AUGUCCAUGUUGCCGUAUCGUGUGUUGUGUCUGUUGGCCCUUCUGUUCUGCUGUGUGGGUGUGGCUCAUGCUGCUUCACAUGACAGGUCAGAACUUGUUAAGGAAGCACAACAGAAGGCUAAGGAGACUUCGAGUCUGAAAGAGGAGUGUGUGAAAGCCACCAAGGCUGCUGAAGAUGCCACGCAUGAAGCUGAACGAUUUGCUCUUGACAUUGAGAAGAAACUGGAAACAAUUGCUGCUAACCCAGAAGAGGUGAACAGAACGAAGAGUGAAGGUCUUAAACUCAUUGAUAAGGCGAGGGAGGUUGCAACCGAAGCAAUAGAAGUGGCCGUCAGAACUUCUGAUAGUGCAAAGAAAACUGAAGACAUAAUCAACUCUCCUGGUGGACAAAGAGAUGCUGAGGCGGCAAUGAAAGUAAUUGAAGAGGCAGAAAGCGCGGUAAUUGAGGCUUACAAACAUGCUGACAAUGCUAGACUUCGUGCUAUUGAUGUGGAGGAUGUCCUAGAGAAACUUGACGCCGCAGUUGCUGCUGCUAAAGAGAAGGAAGAAAAACAGUUGGAGUCUCAGGCACAGGAACAGACAAAUGAAACAUCUCUUCUACCCACGAAUGCUUCAAAAACGAAUGGCAUCACACGAAAUGACGGCAGUAGCAGCCCUGCGUUACUGCGUGUUCCACUCCUGCUGCUGCUGCUCUCUGUGCUGGGCUGCAUGGCCGUGUGCUGA